ACACAUGGUUUUUCAUCCUCGAGAAAACAAAACGUGACAUUUGGCUUUAUCUGAUCUUCAGCGUUAUUCAAGUUCAUAAAGUUUCUUGCUGCUGGCAGUAAAUCUACGAGCUCAAUCAAGGUCUUCUCUCGUCUUUGGUCAGCUGCACAAGUUAAAAUGGUGGACGUGCCUGCAGCUAUGGACCGGCACUUGGAAGUGCUCCGCUGUCGAUCAGACGGAUCCUUGAUUAUCGGCGCCUCGCGGCUGACGGGCCGGUACUGGACAGGGUCGCUGUGGCACUUCCAGGACCCGAGCGUCGCCCCCCACGUGGAACAGUGUACGGCGGGGGUGCAGACGGAGGCUGGAAUAGCCGACCUGCAGCUCGUCAAUGAUAACCAACUUAUUGUAGCCUCAGAUUCUGGUGCUGUAGAGAUGUGGCAGCUGUCUGAGGAAGGGGAGUCCUUCCAGGCGCUGUGGUACAGCUACGCACACGACAGCACAGCCCACACCAUCAGCGUGGCACCUGACACCAACACAGCCGUGUCAGGUGGUGCAGACGCAACUAUCAAGAUCUGGGACUUGGAAACUAAGUUGGCUAUGAAAACACUGAAAGCACACACUGACACGAUAUGGUGCAUCUGUUGUAACCCUAUGGACAAACAUGUCUUCCUCUCCUGUGCACAGGACGGGCGAGCGCUGAUGUGGGACACACGGAAGGAAAAGGCUGCCUGUAGUCUGGGUAAGGGUGUCAUCGGAGGCGUUCCCACCUGUAUCACCUGGAGUCCCAACAGACAGACGGAUGUCACAAUAGGAUGUGAGACUGGUGAAGUGAUAAUGCUGGAACUAAGAGACCAGUCACAGCCCGUCCACAGAUGGCGGCCACACACCAGAACCAUACACAGACUGGCCUACUGUCCACAGGAACCAAGCUGGCUGGCUACAGUGUCUGACGACUGUGAUGUGGUGGUGACCAGUCUUCAGAAUGACCCCAACAUUGUGUAAGUACUGUCCUUUCUCUCC